GCCGUGCCCGGCGGCGCGAUGCUGCCCGGCGGGCGGCGGCGGCACUGAGCGAGCGGGCGGGCGGGGGUCCGCCAUGGGCUGCGGGGGCAGCAGGGCCGACGCUAUCGAGCCCCGCUACUACGAGAGCUGGACGCGGGAGACCGAGUCCACCUGGCUGACCAACACCGACUCCGAGAGCCCGCCGCAGGAGGGCGGCAGCGCCGAGGCCGGCGGGCGGGAGCAGGGCGGCCCGCACCCCGGUCUUCUGGAGGAUGGGAAAUCAGCUCAGACAGGUGUAACUACGGCAUCAGCUGUAGCUGGAACGCUGAACGCCGAGAAGAGGAGCAACUGUGGUCCUCAGUGUGCAAACCCCAUGGUCCCGGGCACGGGAGCUCCGACGCAGAGACAGAACGGCUGCAGGACAGCAGAGAGUAAAUGGGAUGCACAGAAAAUGUCCACAAAAGAAGUCACCAUUAAUGUUACAAAAACCAUCAGACAAAGUGACAGAAGGAAAACAAAGAAUUGCGUCAAUUAACGAAGGAAAGCGCAGGUGAGGAUGGACCUAAAAAUGCUUCGCUGUGCUUUAAAUGUCCUCAGUCGCUGAAGAUAUGAAGAUCUCCAGAUGUUCCAUGUUGAAUACAGCAGGCAGCUGCUGCUGAGUGCCUUCAGAAACAUGUCUUGUAGAAACCAGCUGCAGACACUGUAGGAUGUUUAGAUGUCAUUUGUCUAAAGCAGUGGCACUGCGCAGACAUAUGCCAAAAUUCGUGCCAUUUGGUUUUUACUAAGUCCUAUAUUAUCUCCUUGUGUAUGUCCUAUUCUGCAUUGCUAUUAGGUUGAGGCCGGAUGAUGAGGGGUACAUUUCUUCUCGAUUUAAAACAGGAAAUGAACAAAUUAAUCUGCAUUUUCAGUCAUAAGGGAUUUCGAGUGUGUACAUUCAAACCCACGGAAUUCAUUUAAAGCACUCACUUUCAUAAAACUCAAACCCGGAGACCUCAGAAAGAGACACAUAGGUGGCUUCCAUUAAAUCUCUUUUAAACUAUAUUUGACAGUUUUAUAUAGUUCAGUCACAUAGUAACCUUUUUACAUAUUAACCUUUUAAUUACUUAGUUUUAAUUUAUUUUCUGUAUUGACAGAAUUUGAGUCUUAAAAACAGUAACUCUCAUAUUGAUCAGCCUUACUUGAAGUUCCUAGUCUUAGCUGGCAGGUAGGGUUCUGGCUAUUUGGUUAUUUUAUACAUGCCCCUUUAAUUAUGUUGAGGCCCAGACUGACCUGGAAAAAAAUGAUCACUAACAUUACAUGAAAAUAACCAUGAUUCUUAAAACAGUAUUCCAAUGACAGCUCCAAAAAUGAACUUUAUUUGAUCAGAUACAGUUGAUCUGCUGUGCAGGGCUUAUUUAAUUUAAUUGUAAACAUCCUGUAUCAUAGUACUCCAUGUUUAUCAUAAAUUUACAGCUAAAAGGAAUAUAAGUGUUCGGCGUAGUAAAGACCAGGAAUUAAUUCAACACAUUGCUUCUUAAUAUAUGUUCUCUGUGAGUUUGUCCGUUUAUGAAGAUAAAAGAGGUAAAUUUAUUUGCCUCCCCCAUCAGAAAUAUAUGAGUAUCCUUAGAGGGCCAUUUAAAAUAACUAGUCAAAAGGUGUUCAUAACAAACAGAGGGCAUUGGGAAUAAAAUCCAUGUAUGAACUGUAAGAAAGUCCUUUUUACACAUAGGCAAAUAAGUAUAAAUAGAAUUGUGGGACUGAAUCCUAAUUUAUUCCAUAUUAGGAUCAUUUUAAUAACUUGCUGCUGGGUAUGUAUUUAAUAUGUUCCUUGGAGUACAAGUCUAUGCAAUAGGGAAUUGUUUAUUAAUUAUUCCAACACAAAGGCAAACUUAAAUCCAGAGAUUAGUGCAAGAUUUUUGCAUACAAUAGCAUACAUAUAAGAAAUAUUUAUUUUUACAUGUCCUAAAAAGGGGCAAAGAAGUUGUCCUAAGCUUUCUGCAGGUCAGUGUGUUAUCUGGUAAGUGAUCUUGUGCUGCACAUUUAUGUAGAAGAACUAAAGAAUAUUGAAAAUAGUGUUGUACAGGUAAGACAACAGCAGUCUGCAUAUGUCCUUCCAAGCUGUGGCUCUCUGCCAACUUGCUGGCAACAUUAUAGGAGAGGAAGGGACUUGACUCACUCUAACAAUAAACAGUGGCUGUAGCAGCUCAGCAAUAUUAAUUUAGAAAUGGAUAGCCAUUGUUGGUGGCCGUGUACUGACCUAAUUGAAAGCACGCAUUCAGGAUUCUGCAGAAGAUGAACCAUUUCAGAUCUGUGCCAGACUUGUAACCCACUUCUGUUUCAAAGGAUUUACUGAAAGAGAGGGUGCCGUAUAAACCCGUAUAACACAGGAAAGCUGUGGAAAGUGAUUAAUGAUGCUGGUGUGUGAAAGGGUAUAGGUGAUUUUGAAGGCAGGCAAAAGGGAAGGUUCAUUGUGUAAGAAGCUGUUCCACAGAUAGUUGCCUUGGGUGGAUACCAUGUUAGGGUGAGCAGAUGCAAGAAUGAAGGAGUCCUGGCAGUGAGAUUAUUUACUAGCUAAGAGAUUAUUUUGUAAUGAUGUGCUGACCAGAUGCAUCUGAUGGCUUGGGUCACGCAACAGAAGCAAGCCUGCAAUGCUGCAUAGCGCAUCAGUAUGAGAAACAGUCCUAGCUGCGUGUCCAGCAGUCAGCAGGGAGGCAGCUUUUGAGUCUUGUGUUCAGAGCAUGAGAUGUGAUAAGAUGGUUAGCAGGAGAUGGCCUUGGUACAUAAUUAUCUGGGCAACACAACAGACCUUGCUUAUGUUGACCACAUCCACCAUCAGGAUGGCAGUUGUGGAGUGGUGAAGGCUGACUGCCCUGGAUGACCCCUCUGUCUGCUCAUGAUAACUUUCCUGAGCUACUUCAAGAUCCCAUAAACCUGUUUAUAUCCUGAAAGUUAACUUUAGGGCAUUCAAAGACUGGAUCCAACUUCUGUGGUACAAACAAUGUCUAGUUACAAGCAACUUUAUAAAAUCUUCUCAUGUAACACAUUACUGUUCUUAUUCAUUAGGUGGUAACUGAAAAGAAAUUACAUUAUGUCUUAGGUGGCUUCUUAGUUCUUGAUGCAUAAGCUUCCAAUGACCUUAAUAAAACUAAGACCAUGUUGUGGAGAUGUGUAUCGUGCCUCUGUACAUAGAUAUGGUUAUAUUUAUGUUUUCUUUACUUUCCUUCUCCUAGAGACAACCACCAGUAGAAACAACCAGUUUCUUUAUAAAAUAAUAUACCACUCUGUAUAUUAAGGGUGACAGAAUAUAGUCUGUACUGCUUAAGACAAUUUGAAGUCCUAAAAAUAGAUUUGUGUGCUGGUUUUAGUGGAAGAAGCAAGCUCAAAGGAUCAUCUGGACAUCUUCACUCCAGGUGGCCUUCCUAGGCGUGAAGAGUCUUAUUUACAGGGUCUGUUCUUCGAGUAGCAUCUUUCAAAUAUAAAGAGCUCAAAUACAGGAAACAAAAUAACUGUGUUAGAAGACAUAGACUUUUACAUAAAGGACCUGUGGACAUCUCUGUCUUCUUAUAUGACAGGAUUUUUGCAAUGUAAUUUUCCCCCAAAAGAUGUUAUGCCACUUAAUUUUUUCGAUGUCCCUUGGCUGCACACAAGGAUUUCUACAGUUACAGUGAAACAACACGCUUUCUGCUGGAAUGAUUUGCCAACAUGUGGUGAGUUUUUGUGAUUUACCUGCAUUCAGGUUUUAAACAGAAACAAACUUACUUUGUCAUAUUUCCAUAAUUCCAAUACAAUGUAUAGAUAGGAUUUUCCUCCAAUGUGUAUAUACAUGUAAAAUACAUUUUCUUCCACUAUGUGAGAAAUGGAAUCACUCAAAAGAAAGUGGACAUUGGGUAAAGAAGAGAAUUUACAGUUACCCAUAGAUAUCAUUAGGCAAAUUCAUCUUCUCAAAGACUCAGUGCAAUCUUAUCUUUCAGUAUUCCUUCAUCUUGUCCCUUAUGCUUCCUCAAUGUAUUUCAUCAUUUCACCAUUACUGUAGGACAUGGACUGGAAGACACACAAUUUUACUAUGUGACAGAAAUGAUCUUGUACUGAAAAAACAGGAAAGUAUAAUUAUUGUGUAAGCAAUAUAUGAGUACUGGGUUAAACAUGCAUUCUUGUUAGCUAAAUGACUGAGAUGAUUGCAUACAAAACAGAAAACAGAUAUUUUUUAUCUUCCUAUUAUGUUCAUAUACAUAUAUAUUCAUAUGUGCAUGUCUCUGCGUGAGUACAUUGUAAUGUCUUUAGUGUGUACUUCUGUUCUGCAGUUCAGGCAUGGUUUUUUGCGAACAUUUUACUUGUGUUUUUAAUUCUGACACCCAAGUGUAAAAUGAUCUAAUGUUUGAACGGAAAUCUGUUUUACAUGCCUUAUGAAAAGAAUGAGCUAUAUAAUUUGUGCACAGAAAUGGUGUUUGAAAAAGCAGGCUUCACUUUAUUUGGAAAUAAUGAAUUAUCUAUCUAAAUUCAAACUAGACUAACAGGAGCAUUUUUGUACUCUCAUUUUAUCUGCAAAUUAUUGAAGAUUGACCUUGAACUUGAAAAUGAAAAUAAAGAAAAUUUUUAAAGUG